GGUUGAUUGAUACGUCCUGUCGUUCGAUUACCGAAUGAUGAGCGAAAUAGUAUUUUUUAGAAAUUGUUAUUGCACGAAAUAGCGAAUAUUAAUGCGAAGCGAUGUCAGAUAUAAACAUGGAGAAGUUUGCUGUGCCAGAAUUUGUGCCUGAUCGCUACGUGAAGGAGCUAACGAAGUCAUGUGUCGGAGGGGAGGAGUUGAGCCAGCAAAAGGAAAAAAUUCAAACUUUAGCCGACGAGACCGCCAGUGCCCUUAAGAAGAAUGUCUACGAGAAUUAUAUGCAAUUUAUCGAGACGGCCACAGAGAUAUCCCACCUAGAGGCUGAAAUGUAUAAACUUUCUCACCUACUAAGUGAACAGCGUUCUGUUCUUACUACGUUAUCACAGGCGUCAGUUUUAGGUAACGAUAACACAAUUUCUCGCGAAUCACUCGAUAACCAUGACCUAGAGGCCGAGAGAGCAGAAGAGCAGCGUAAAAAUAAGCUUAACCUAAUCACAGAAAAAGUAGAAGGAUGUAUAAAUCUUUUAGAUGUCCCAGAUAGAACAUUACUUCAUGAAGGAGAUUUACUGGAAAUUGAUGCAGAAGAGAACACGGCUCUACAAAGAAUGCAUGUUUAUUUAUUUAGUGACAGUCUCAUGCUAACCUCUUGGAUUUCAAAUCGCCGGGGGCCAAUGAGAUAUAAAUUUCAAAUCAGUUACCCGAUUAGCACCUUAGCAGUAGUGAAUGUAAGAGAUUUAGGAACAGUUAAGCAGGCAUUUAAGGUUCUAGCCUUUCCUGAUACUAGAGUAUUUCAGUGCAACAGUUUAGCAAUUAAAAAAGACUGGUUGGAUAAAUUUGAACUGGCAAAAAAAAUGUACAUUGAGAAGGAGAAUUCUAAACAAAAGAAAAAAGAAAGUCUUGAGAAACCUAAAUCUGAGUCUCUAGAUUCCCCUAGUCUUUCUGUUGAAGAGAUUCAAUCACCCCAGAUAGCACCAUUGCCAGAUUGGUUAGUAGAUGCUACAGAAGAGUUGGAUGUUUUAAUUGUUGAAAGACAUUUUCAAAAGACUUACGAGUUGAUGGUAUCAGCUCAAAAAACUCUUAACAGUGAGGAAUUCAAAAGUCAUCCACAGAGAGCUGAUAUUUUGAAGAGAAUUGAACAAAAACAGAAAGUUUUAACAGAGAUUCUACUCAAAGAGCUUGACGUUACCCACAACUGGAGUCCUCGAGGGGGUCUUAGGUCAUCCAGACAUCCAGUCUUAAUACUCAAUAAGUUCAACAUGACCAGUCAAGCAUGUGAGCUAUUUCUAGAUAUAUGCAGUCAUACUGUAAAAGCUCAUGUUAAAGCGGUGCAGCUUGAGGGCUCUAUAAACAGUUAUGUUAACCAAGUUGGUGAGGUGUUUUUUUGUUCACUGAGUGAUGCCUUAACAGAAUUUAUUACCUUAUUCCCUAAGAAUAAAAUAAGUGCUUUCAUAGUUUGGGCUAGCAUGCAAUUAAGGAUUUUAAUGAGUCAAAUUAUAAAACAAGUGUUCACCCCGCAAUGUGCUUUAGAGUCCGUUUUGGAAAGUGUUCAAAGUUUGAGAGAUCAGUGCACUCUGUUUUGUGAGUUUGGUCUAGAUCUUAGGUUUCAAAUGAAUAGUUGCUUGAGAACCCCAAUUAUAAAGGCAUUAAGAGAGUAUAAGGAGAAAGUUGUUGAUUCAAUGAAAACAAAAGUGUCUGAUGAUAAAUGGACUCCAGUUAAUUUGCACACAAAAGCCAGUGUUAAUAAAUUCUUAGCACAAAUGGAAAAUUUGGGCCUUAUUUUAGCUAAAUACAUAAUUAAUGAGACUUGGGUAGACUUAUCUAGUAGUACCAUAUGGUUUGCACAAUCAGUGUUAACGGUUCAAAAGGUUGGAUUGCAACUGGUAACGAAGGAUAUGAUGGAUGUUCUCGAUGAAUGUAUUCAUGCAGUGUUCAAUAGUAGACUAAUGUUAUCAAUAGGGAACGAUUCCAGUUACGCUCAGAAAAAUUUCAAAUUCAUCUUAGAUACAGUGAUGCCGUUGAUGCUUAGAUGUUAUAAGGAAGAUGUUGGAUAUGAUAAUGAGAAAUUAGUCACAUUAGGUAAAAAAUUUGGUGUUAAUGUCGCCCCUCCAAAGAAAUCGAACAUCACAAAGUAUACAAGUAAUGAAUACUUAUGAGAAUAGUCAUUUUAAAGUUUCCGAGGAGUGUUGUGGCUGAAUGGAAGUUAUUUUUUUAUUAUGCUAAAGCUUUAAAUAAUUGUAAUAUAUAGAUA